UCAUUUCAUACGAAUUUCACCCAACCAGUCCACAGGCAGUUGGCACCUCUCACCGGUUAUCGCCUUUAUAAUAAGCUUUGCAUGCUUUGCUUCUGCCCCUCUCCGAUUCUCUCUCUUUGUUAUUUUUAUUACAGAUCAUCUGAUUAAUAUCAUUAUUAUUAGUAUAUUCAUAAAAAACAAAUCCAUGAUGGAUGCUCAGUGAUUUCUCUCAAUCAUUUGCCCUCUUCUUCGUCUCAAGAACCAAACAGCCCCGCGGCUCUUCCAUUGUUGUUGUUGUUGUUGGAUCGAAGGGAAACAACAUGGUUGAAACCAGACGCAGCUCCACUUAUGGCAAGCGCUCCCUCCCCGCUCCCGUUCCUCCAUCCUCCAAAAGAUCCAAGGCGGCUGUGGCUGAGGCUUCAUCCUCAAUAAAUGGUCAAACGGUGGCGCUGCCGGUUGAAACCCUAAUUCCGUCGAAGAAAUCCGUGUCCGCACCUCGAGACCUACAGCUGCAAUCCUCUGAUCUGCAGGCAACAGUCGAUUCUGAGUCCACCCCUGCUGGUGCGGAGAAAUCUCCUGAUGUCGAAGGCGAGGGCUUGAUGCCCACGCAGUCCCUAGGCGAAACUACCCUGAAUGAUGAGAUAUCCAAGACUGCUGGCGCGGUGCUGAAUGGGGGGAAGAAGCGGCAAUCAAAAUCCGCGCCAACAAAACCCCCGAAACCGAGUGACAAACUUGCAUGGGGCAAGCUCCUUUCCCAGUGCUCCCAGUACCCUCACAGGGAAGUGCGUGGCACUCCUUUCACCAUUGGUCAAAACCGUACUUGCGAUUUAGUGCUCAAUGAUCCAUCCAUCAGUGGUACUUUGUGUAAAUUAAAACAGUUAGAGAAUGGAGGUACAUCAGCUGCCUUGUUGGAAGUCACAGGAGGUAAAGGAGCAGUCCAUGUUAAUGGUAAACUUCUACAAAAACCAGGUGUGAUAAUGAUUAAAGGAGGCGAUGAAGUAGUAUUUGGUUCUUCUGCAAAACAUGCCUACAUUUUUCAGCAGGUCAAUAAUGAUAUCUCAAGUGCUACAGGAAUACCUUCAGUAAAUAUCUUAGAAGCCCGAGGAACUCCACUAAAAGGGAUUCAGAUUGAGACAAGAUCUGGUGAUCCCUCAGCUUUUGCGGGAGCAUCAAUACUGGCUUCUUUAUCUGAUUUUCAAAAAGAUUUAUCUCUUCUGUCGCCUCCUCCCAAAGCCGGUGAGGAUUUGCAGCAAAAUAGUGAGAUUUCCUCAGUGCCUUCUGUUUGUGGCACACCUGAGAAUUGCAUUUCAGAAGUUAACGUGAAGAAUAGCACAAGUAAUAAUGAGAUGGAUAGUUAUUCUUUGAGGGAGAAAACUAUUGUUCCAUCCUCUAAUUCGGCCAGUCAAAACCCAAAUAUUGAAAAUCUUAGACUGGAUGCUACUGUUGAUGCAGGAAACAGAAAGAUUGCUGGGUCAUCCCAUGAAUUAAGGCCACUCUACCGUAUACUUGCAGGUUCUUCUGAAUUUGAUUUAAGUGGUAGCAUUUCCAAAAUACUUGAUGAGCAAAGGGAAAUAAGAGAACUCCUCAAUGUUCUAGAUCCUCCGACAAUUCUGAUGUCAACCAGAAGGCAAUCAUAUAAAGAUAGUUUACAAGAGGGAAUUCGAAAUUCUGAAGACAUUGAUGUUUCAUUUGACAGUUUCCCAUAUUAUCUAAGUGAUACAACAAAGAAAGUUUUGAUAGGUGCUUCAUUCAUUCAUUUGAAGUGCGACAAGAAACUUCCAAAGUUUUCCUGUGAUCUUUCUACUGUGUCCCCACGUAUAUUGUUAUCUGGCCCUGCAGGAUCAGAAAUAUAUCAAGAGACACUAGUAAAGGCACUUGCCAAAGAUCUUGGUGCUGGACUGCUAGUCAUUGAUUCGCUUCUGUUGCCCGGUGGACCAACACCCAAAGAAGCUGACUCUGUGAAAGAAAGUACAAAGCCAGAAAGAGCAUCUGUUUUUGCUAAACGAGCUGUUCAGGCAGCAUUUCAUCACAAGAAACCAAUAUCUAGCGUAGAGGCUGAUAUUACUGGUGGCUCCACAAUAAGCUCUCAGGGUUUGCCGAAGCAGGAAACUUCUACUGCAUCAUCCAAAAACUAUACAUUUAAAGCAGGUGAUAGAGUAAAGUUUGUGGGGUUACCUUCUCUGCACAAUCCUCCAAGGGGACCGGCAGUUGGCUUUCGGGGCAAGGUAGUCCUUGCGUUUGAAGAAAAUGGAUCCUCAAAGAUUGGGGUUAGAUUUGAUAGAUCUAUUCUGGAAGGCAAUGACCUCGGUGGUCUCUGUGAAGAAGACCAUGGUUUCUUCUGUGCUGCUAAUUCACUUCGCUUGGAUGGUCCUGGAGGUGAAGAUGUUGAUAGGCUUGCUAUUAAUGAAAUCUUUGAGGUUGCCCAAAAUGCCAGUAAACAUGGUCCCUUAAUAUUGUUUGUGAAAGACAUAGAAAAGUCUAUGGUGGGGAAUCAAGAUGCAUACACUGCCUUGAGGAGUAAGCUUGAAAAUAUGCCUAACGGAGUUGUUGUAAUUGGUUCACAUGUUCAGAUGGAUAGUCGUAAGGAGAAGUCUCAACCUGGUGGCCUUUUAUUUACAAAGUUUGGAAGCAACCAUACUGCUUUACUUGAUCUUGCAUUUCCGGAUAACUUCGGUCGACUACAUGAUAGAAGCAAGGAAACUCCUAAAACUAUGAAGCAGCUUGGACGGCUGCUCCCAAACAAAGUGACAAUACAGCUACCUCAGGAUGAAGCUUUACUUUUGGACUGGAAGCAGCAGUUGGAGCGUGAUAUUGAAACUCUGAAAGCACAGGCCAACAUUGUUAGCAUUCGAUCGGUACUCAGUAAAGUUCAUUUGUGUUGCCCUGAACUUGAGACUCUUUCUAUUAAGGAUCAAGCCCUUACAACUGAAAGUGUAGAGAAAGUAGUUGGUUGGGCCUUAAGUCACCAUUUCAUGCAUUCUUCUGAAGCUUCUUUCAAAGAAGCUAAACUUGUGAUAUCCACUGAGAGCAUUAAGUAUGGGUUAAGCAUUCUGCAGGGUAUUCAAAGUGAAAGCAAGAGCUUGAAGAAAUCACUGAAGGAUGUGGUCACUGAGAAUGAAUUUGAGAAGAAACUUCUGGCGGAUGUUAUUCCUCCUAGCGACAUCGGAGUGACCUUUGAUGACAUUGGAGCAUUAGAAAAUGUGAAGGAUACCUUGAAGGAACUGGUGAUGCUUCCUCUUCAGAGGCCUGAAUUAUUUGGCAAAGGACAGCUGACUAAGCCUUGUAAAGGAAUAUUACUUUUUGGACCUCCCGGUACUGGCAAAACAAUGCUUGCUAAGGCCGUUGCAACUGAGGCUGGUGCAAACUUCAUAAAUAUUUCUAUGUCAAGCAUUACAUCGAAGUGGUUUGGGGAAGGAGAGAAGUAUGUCAAAGCAGUGUUCUCCUUGGCAAGUAAAAUCGCUCCUAGUAUUGUUUUUGUUGAUGAGGUGGAUAGUAUGCUGGGAAGACGAGAAAAUCCUGGAGAACACGAGGCCAUGCGCAAAAUGAAGAAUGAGUUUAUGGUGAACUGGGAUGGUCUACGUACAAAGGAUAAAGAAAGGGUAUUAGUGCUUGCUGCCACAAACAGGCCUUUUGACCUUGAUGAGGCUGUUAUUAGGAGGCUUCCCCGGAGAUUAAUGGUCAAUUUGCCAGAUGCACCUAACAGAGAGAAAAUUUUGAGGGUUGUCUUGGCCAAAGAGGAAUUGGCACCUGAUGUCGAUUUGGAAGCAGUUGCAAAUAUAACAGAUGGUUACUCUGGAAGUGAUCUAAAGAAUCUUUGUGUUACGGCAGCUCACUGUCCCAUACGAGAAUUAUUGGAAAAAGAAAAAAAGGAGAGAAUUUUGGCUUUGGCUGAGAACAGAACUUUACCUCCAUUGUAUAGCAGUUCUGAUGUCCGUCCUCUUAAAUUGGAGGAUUUUAAAUAUGCACAUGAGCAGGUUUGUGCAAGCGUAUCAUCCGAGUCUACAAAUAUGAAUGAGCUCCUCCAGUGGAAUGAUCUAUAUGGAGAAGGUGGAUCAAGAAAGAAGAAAGCACUCAGUUAUUUCAUGUAAGAGAGACUUGGUUUUUUGUUGUAUAGCAUUUCAUGCUUUGUAGUUUAUUCUUCAUCACCUCAAUAGGUGGGCUAGCUUAGAGGCUGUUAUUUAUAGGAUUCUAAUGCAGGUCCUAUACCCCAUUGUAUAAUAUAUAGGUUGUUGUUCGUUGUAGAAAUUUUACAAUACAAAUUGUGUUACAAUUUGCCCAUCCCUCCCAUGUUAACCUCCUCUUUUUCAGUUUCUUCCCUUUCUAAAAUGAUUUUAUCUCCUUUAUUUCUAGUUGCCAGUUUGUACAAUGCUAAUUUUGAUUAAUCGAAUAAACAUUAUUACCCAA